GCUUUUGGAGCUGCUGGUGGCCAGUGGAACAAGACGUCAGACAACAGCUGUAUGCUGGCCAAUGAGACCCUGGAAAUUCAUCUUUGACGUCUUUAUCCAUCUACAAGACACGAGACCGAUGAUAAGACUUGUGUAACUCCAGUAACACGACACAAGAUGGCGACAGAGCUCCGAGUGCUGCUCCUUCUCUUAAUACAUCCAUGCUGCUGCUGGGCAGUAACGUGCAGGAACAUGCUACUGAUACAGUCAUUGGGAGUGACAAAUAGAGGUAGGCUAAGUGAAAGUAAAAGGUGUGCAGUGAUUUGUAAGAGCUCCUUAUUUUAACAAUAAUGAAUGGACAACUAUGAAGCUUUUUCUGGAUCUGCUGUGUUUGUGUCUUCUGGGUUUGACCUGGAAAACACUUUGUGAUGAAAAGGUCCUGUAUCAGGGCUUUGACCUGGCCAAUGCUCUGGAUAACUUUGACGACAGUGGACCACCGACCCCCCCACCAAAGCCAGCCAAGCCAGCCGAGCCAACUGGAGGAACGGGAGGAGUCCUGUAUCAGGGCUUUGACCUGGCCGAUGCUCUGGAUAACUUUGACGACAGUGGACCACCGACCCCCCCACCAAAGCCAGCAAAGCCAGCCGAGCCAACUGGAGGAACGGGAGGAGUCCUGUAUCAGGGCUUUGACCUGGCCGAUGCUCUGGAUAACUUUGACGACAGUGGACCACUGACCCCCCCACCAAAGCCAGCCAAGCCAGCCGAGCCAACUGGAGGAACGGGAGGAGGUUCAACUCCAGAACAAAAGGAACUUCAGAUAUUAAUGAUGGAAUGAGGCUUUGAUAAUGUCUGUGUUGCUGGAAACAUUUAUUUUGUCUUCAGUUAUUUUAUGCUUGUGUUAUAUCACAAUGUAUAUGCUCAUUGAUUUAGUCUUGCAGUUCUACUUGAUUGUGUAACUUUUUGUAAGACUUGUACAGUAUUCAUGUUACAGACAGAGGUUUCAAGUAAUGAAGUACAAAUACUUUGUUACCUUACUUAAGUAGAAAUUUUGGGU